AUGCUCUACCACUUCCUCGAUUUUUGCACCAUUGUCUGUGCCGUUGCAUGCAUACACCAACUGCAGGUAUGGCACAGACAGAGAAAGCAUUUACCACUGCUUCCAGGGCCGAAAGGGCUGCCCCUGCUUGGCAACGUGUUCGACAUGCAGGAGGGAGAGCUAUGGGAAACUGCAAGAAAGUGGGGGGAGAAAUUUGGUCCCAUGGUUCAAGUUAAAUCUUUCGGGGAAACCUACAUCUUCGUGAACUCUUACCAGGCAGCAGUCGAUUUAUUUGACAAGCGAGGCAGUACUUAUUCUUCGCGCCCUCGAAACGUUAUGAUAGAUCUUCAAGGCUGGGGAUGGUUUGUUGCCCUUAUGCCAUAUGGGGACGAGCUGAGAAGAGCAAGGCAGCUGUUACAUCGCUUUCUUCAGCCGGUCAUCAUGUGCGAGUAUACUGAACUGCAGACGCAAGCGACAAGUCGGAUGCUCAGAAGACUGCUAACAAGCCCGGAUAAACUUCCUGAAAUUCUUCGGCAGUCCGCGGGAGAAACAAUUUUAAUGGCCACCUAUGGUUAUAAAGCUCAAGAAAAGGAUGAUCCGUACAUAGUCAUUGCAGAGGAAGGUGUAACAGCUGCAAUCGAAGCGCAAGAUUUUUACCUUGUGAAUGCCAUCCCUGCAUUGCGGCACCUACCGUCGUGGUUUCCUGGUGCUGGAUUCAAGAAAACCAUUGAACGUGGUCGGAAAGCGUCUACGGCUUUGUAUCACGAACCCUACAAGUUGGGAAUGGCAAAAGUCUCGGAGGGCACGGUCACUCCUUCGAUACUGGAAAAGCUGUUUGAAGCGUAUUCAGCAAGUGACAAGGUCAUAGGCGACGAGGCCAUGAUUGCAAAGGUGACAGGUAUUUUGUACGCAGCUGGAGCAGAUACUUCGGUUGCCGCCCUGCACUCAUUUGUCCUUGCAAUGCUAUUGCAUCCAGACGUCCAGAAACGAGCACAAGAAGAACUUGACUCUGUGUUGGGGAAGAAUAUUCUUCCUAAUUUCAACGAUCGUCCGAACCUACCUUAUUUCAAUGCAGUCAUCAAAGAAUCACUAAGGUGGCAAGCUGCUGCACCCCUCGCUGUGGCCCAUACUGUUAGUGAGGAUGACGAGUACAAUGGCUACCUAAUCCCUGCAGGUGCAACAAUAUACGCAAACGUCUGGUCAGUUCCACGAGACCCGAAGGAAUAUCCUGAACCAGAUAAGUUCAUACCCGAUCGCUGGCUACCUACAAGCAGCAAAGAGUCCCCGAGGGAUGUACUUAAAACUUACUUCGGAUUCGGGAGGCGAAUCUGUCCUGGGCGUCAUUUUGCAGAAAAUUCUGUACGAACCGAGAGUGCAUCGAUCCUUGCGGCAUUCAACAUUACGAAGGCCCUUGAUGAGAAUGGGAACUCAGUCACUCCCAAAGCCGAAUACACGCCUAAUUUUCUUAGUAGGCACCCCAAACCAUUCAAGUACGUCCUAGAGCCAAGAUCCGAGAAGAUAAAAUCUGUCAUAAGCGAAACCGCUACAUUUGAAGAGUGA